AUGGGCCAAGGGGACGAGAGCGAGCGCAUCGUGAUCAACGUGGGCGGCACGCGCCACCAGACGUACCGCUCGACGCUGCGCACGCUGCCCGGCACGCGGCUCGCCUGGCUGGCGGAGCCCGACGCCCACAGCCACUUCGACUAUGACCCUCGCGCUGACGAGUUCUUUUUCGACCGCCACCCGGGGGUCUUCGCGCACAUCCUGAACUACUACCGUACGGGCAAGCUGCACUGCCCGGCCGACGUGUGCGGGCCACUCUACGAGGAGGAGCUGGCCUUCUGGGGCAUCGACGAGACCGACGUGGAGCCCUGCUGCUGGAUGACGUACCGCCAGCACCGCGACGCCGAGGAGGCGCUCGACAGCUUCGGAGGCGCGCCCCUGGACAACAGCGCCGACGACGCGGACGCCGACGGCCCCGGCGACUCAGGCGACGGCGAGGACGAGCUGGAGAUGACCAAGCGCCUGGCGCUCAGCGACUCCCCGGACGGCCGGCCCGGCGGCUUCUGGCGCCGCUGGCAGCCGCGCAUCUGGGCGCUCUUCGAGGACCCCUACUCAUCCCGCUACGCGCGGUAUGUGGCCUUUGCCUCCCUCUUCUUCAUCCUGGUCUCCAUCACCACCUUCUGCCUGGAGACCCACGAGCGCUUCAACCCCAUCGUGAACAAGACGGAGAUCGAGAACGUUCGGAAUGGCACGCAAGUGCGUUACUACCGGGAAGCGGAGACGGAGGCCUUCCUCACCUACAUUGAGGGCGUCUGUGUGGUCUGGUUCACCUUCGAGUUCCUCAUGCGCGUCGUCUUCUGCCCCAACAAGGUAGAGUUCAUCAAGAACUCGCUCAACAUCAUUGACUUUGUGGCCAUCCUUCCCUUCUACCUGGAGGUGGGUUUAAGUGGCCUGUCCUCCAAGGCUGCCAAGGACGUCCUGGGCUUCCUGCGCGUCGUCCGCUUUGUGCGUAUCCUGCGCAUCUUCAAGCUGACCCGCCAUUUUGUGGGCCUGCGGGUCCUGGGCCACACUCUCCGCGCCAGCACCAAUGAGUUCUUACUGCUUAUCAUCUUCCUGGCUCUGGGUGUCCUGAUCUUUGCCACUAUGAUCUACUAUGCCGAGAGGAUAGGGGCACAGCCCAAUGACCCCAGUGCCAGUGAGCACACCCACUUUAAGAACAUCCCCAUUGGCUUCUGGUGGGCCGUGGUCACCAUGACAACACUAGGCUACGGAGACAUGUACCCGCAGACGUGGUCCGGCAUGUUGGUGGGAGCACUGUGUGCGCUGGCAGGCGUGCUGACCAUCGCCAUGCCCGUGCCCGUCAUCGUGAACAAUUUCGGGAUGUAUUACUCCUUAGCCAUGGCUAAGCAGAAACUACCAAAGAAAAAAAAGAAGCAUAUUCCACGGCCACCGCAGCUGGGAUCUCCCAAUUAUUGUAAAUCUGUCGUAAACUCUCCACAUCACAGUACUCAGAGUGACACAUGCCCGCUGGCCCAGGAAGAAAUUUUAGAAAUUAACAGAGCAGCUUCUGCUUAUAUGUUUGAAGAUUCCAAACUGAAUGGGGAGGUGGCGAAGGCCGCGCUGGCGAACGAAGACUGCCCCCACAUAGACCAGGCCCUCACUCCCGAUGAGGGCCUGCCCUUUACGCGCUCGGGCACCCGCGAGAGAUACGGACCCUGCUUCCUCUUAUCAACCGGGGAGUACGCGUGCCCACCUGGUGGAGGAAUGAGAAAGGAUCUUUGCAAAGAAAGCCCUGUCAUUGCUAAGUAUAUGCCGACAGAGGCUGUGAGAGUGACUUGA